GAUAACUCAACUGCAAACUGCAAAAAAACUGUCACCUCCCCUUCUUAUUGAGAUUUUGAUUUUGUUGACUAACCUGUCGUCUUUUGCAUUGCGUUCCGUGUUGUUUUCGAUCUGGUUGACACCUAUAUUCCAAUAUCGAGAAAGCUGGGAGGAAAUCGUUGUCUCAAAACUUUUUCUCUAUGCACUUCACUCUAGACUCUAGGUUAAUGUUCGUUAUGCCUCCUGCACUUCCCGUUAAAUGUUGAUCUGCCAGGAUUUUAUUUUGAAAACUAUACCGACAUCAUGACUCCUACUUCAGAAAAAUCGGUUGAAAGGAAGUUUAUAUUUGAAUUUUCUAAUGUAACAUCAGAUGAUAAGUACCACUUUGAAAUUCCUGUCCACAUUCCGUUUGUGGGAAAUAUUCAGGAGUUAGCCCAGAGAUUAAUAACAUUGUUUAAAGUACCUGUUUAUAUUGAGAAAGAUCUUGAAGCUGAUCUGAAAUCAUUUGUAGAUCAAGAAACACUUCAUUUCCUUGACAACAUUGCUUUGGAUUCAAUUAAAAGGGGCCAAAAUGGUGAAGUUGAUGUGGAAGACAUUAUUAAAAAGUUUGAGCGACUUUACAAAGAUGAAACAGCAGAAUAUGCUGCACCAAGAGGGUCCACAGAUGAGGAAUUGUUUGCAACAGUGUACCAUAAAUUAGUCCAUUCUCCGGCACUAGAGGCAAUGUUACAAGUUGAACAUUCAUACUCAAUUCAUGUUAAUGAAAUGACAACACACAGAGACGAUGAACUUGAUGCUUUAACUGAGAGGCAAGGCAAGGAGAUGUCUCAUCUCGUCUCAGGGAUUGGGGAGUUUAGCACAGAAGCUGAAGUCAACUCUUUGGCAGCACGUCAUUGUGAGGAUCAAAACAUGAUUCAAGCUAAGAUCAACAGUCAAAUUGAUUCACUGCAAGAGACUCAGAGACGGGAAUAUCGAGAAUGGUUGAUGAAAUUGUUGGAAGAACAAGCGGAAGAGGCAUCUAGUGUUACCCCACCUACACCAUCUCCAACACACAUUGUGCGCCUCAUAACUAAUGAGGCAUCCUCAAAAGAAAAAAAGAAAGGUUCAAAUGAGCUUGAGACUGAAGUACCUAGUAAUCCUAGUAUGGAGGAGAGCUUCACUAUUCACCUUGGCUCUCAAAUGAAACAGAUGCACAACAUCCGCAUUAUGUCUGCGGAUGUCCUACACUUAUGCAAAACUCACCUGUCUUCUAAAGGAGGCAAGCAUAUGCAACCACAACGACUGCAAACUGCUUUGGCACUCUACUCAAAUGAUUUGUGUGGUCUUGUUUUACUAACAGAUGGUUUAAUAUCAUCUUUUUCUGGAACUACUAAGGAGUUUAUCAAUGUUUGUCAGCAAUCAACUGAAUUCCAUUUUCCCCCAAUUGAUGACCAACUGGAAAAGAUUCGUGAAGGUGUCAAAGAAACUGCAUCAUGGAGACAAGAGCACUGGAGUGCUGAAAAUUUGUUAAUUUCAGGACAGCAGUGGCGCCGAGCUUCUUGCUCUGGGGCAUUGCGAACUGGAGAUGUAUAUGUGACACGCCAUUCCAAUCUUAAUGAGGUUCAUGUUGUGUUUCACAUGGUCAUAGAUGACUCCCUAAGAUCAAGUGAUAUUAACUCGAGGCACCCAGCAAUAUUAGGCCUUCGCAAUGUAUUGAAAAUGGCUUGUAGUAAUGAUGUCACAACUCUUACUGUACCACUCCUCCUUGCUCACCACAUGACAGAGGAAAUGACUGUAGCCUGGUGUGCUAAGAGGGCAGAGCUAGUACUGAAAUGUGUCAAAGGAUUUAUGAUAGAAAUGGCAUCAUGGGGAGGAUCUGAGCUCAAGAAUCUCCAAUUUGUCGUACCGGAGGGUAUAUCAGAUGAGGUGUUUGUUAGCCUAGCAGCAAUGUUACCAAGUGUUUUCAGGGUUUCUAAUCCAUUGGUCUUUAAAGCCUCUUCCACUCCCAUUACUCCUAAAAGCAAUUGAUAAAAAUUAUUUUUCCAUUUAUUUUACACUAGCAAAAGCAUUAUUUUUAAAUUCAUUUCCUGCAUUCCAACCUUGCUGUAUAGAGGUAGAGGCUUUGUGCUCAGUGUGGUGUAAUCUACUUCACUUGCAUCUUUAAAUGUCACUUUCGCCAUCAUAAACCUACAUUCAAGUCCUCCAUCUCACCAAACUGAGUCAAGUAAAGAAUGGACAUUCCUCAGUGUAGCAAACUUUGUUUGUACUAUGUUUUGUGUGGUUCUGUUUAUACAACCCCUUGCAAGUGAUAAAGAGGUUUCUAUCUAUUUCGUUCAAACAUACCUAGUUGUACUGUGUUGUGUGUACGGUCCCUUGCAUGUAAAAAGUAGGUUUCUAUCUUUCGUAGAAUAUUAAUACUGUAUUAUGCCUUCCUGGCUGAUAAAAAUCUUGCUCGAUGUUAUUUAAAUGCUUUUAAUACAGUCAGUUUUGACACCAUUGAAGGCCCCCUUUUUUUUUUUUUUUUUACAGAUAUUGUCAUCUCUUCCAUACUGUGAUAUUUCUACCAUUAAAGAAUAGUUAUUCAUUUUGGCACUGCUAAUUAUUACUGCACAAAUGGAUUUGUUUUGUAUUUUCAAUUUAUUGUAAUGUGAUACGUGUUCAAUAAAAUUAAUAUGUAUUGA